AUGGCAGCUAGAGAAUCCUCUGCCGCCUCCCAGAGCCAGCCUAAGGCUAAGUCUUCCAGCCCUCCCAAAGCAAAUCAGAAUGCAACACUGUCUGCCAAACUUAUUCUGAGUAGUUCAUCCUCAGAAUCAGAUGAAGGUUCCUAUAAGGAAAGUGAUCCAAGUAUACAAAAGAAGUACCCUUCUACUUCAGCUCUGCACCAAGAUCUAAUAGCAAGUAGUGUGGUGAUAUUGUUACAGUACCUGCUCCACAACUACAAUUUGAAGCAGCUCACUACCAAGGAAGAAAUGCUGAGGGUUAUCACCAAGAAACAUGAAAAUGACUUUCCUGAGAUCCUCCGGAAAGCCUCUGUGAAGCUCGAAGAUGCCUUUGCAGUGGAAGUGAGAGAAGUCAACUCCAGUCAGCCCUCAUACAACCUUAUCAGCAAGCUGAAACUCCCCAACAAUGGGAGGAUCCGUGCUGGCAAAGGCUUACCCAAGACCGGUUUCCUGAUGAGUGUCCUGGGGAUCAUCUUCAUUCAUGGCAACUGCGCCAGUGAAGAAGACGUGUGGAAAAUCCUGAAGAAGCAGCAGAUCUAUCCAGGGAAGAAACACCGCAUCUUUGGUGAGCCCAGGAAGCUCAUGACCCAGUAUUUGGUGAAGCUGAAGUACCUGGAGUACCGGCAGGUGGCCAAAAGUGAUCCUCCACGCUAUGAGUUCCUGUGGGGUCCCCAAGCCCAUGCUGAAACAAGCAAGAUGAAAGUCCUGGAAUAUUUGGCCAAGAUCAACAAAACAACACCUAGUACCUUCUCGAUCCUUUACCAAGAGGCUUUGAAAGAUGAGCAAGAACGAGCAAAAGCCAGAGAUGAAGAUAAUACUGAUACUGCUGACCAGUCUACUGAAGGUUCCCCAGAAAAAUCACCAGCAGCGUCUACCACCCCUGUUGACACUUGA